CUGUCCAGAGUUGCCAUGUCCCACUCCAGCGAUGAGCCCACAUGUCCCAAGUUCCAACCCAAUAUCUUUGACCCCUCCCGCUGCCACGAGUGCCUGCGCCAGAAACACCUUCAUACAAGUGUGGCAGAAAGAACCGAGCCACAGCAUCAGCAGAAACCUCUGCCUCAGGAUGGGGAUAAAACUGAGAAAAGCGCUGGAGUUGGAAGGGAGGUCGGGUCGAGUGGGAGAGCGCUGCUGACGCCCAUCUCAUCUCAGGCAGAGGAAGGAGACACCAGCAGCAGCUGCAAGGAGGACUCUGACAGCGUUUCAGUGGUAAGCAGCUACUGUGAUGUCAGCAGAGGUCAGGCGGGUAAUGUGGAGACCUCUCUGUGCAUCUUGAGCCCUGACUGCAAGCUCUAUAUCUGUGAGGACGACAACAGCACAGACAGCUGUCGUGAGCAGAGCGAAGAGUUCAGUUGUUCUGUAAGUACAGACGACGAAUACUUGCCGAUUCGACGUCAACCCACCAAACUCAGGAUGACCCGGCUGGACCCUCCACCUCACCGGCCCAACCCUCGGCAGGCCUGGAUGGAGGAAACCAGAGGUGGAGGCAGCUUUUCUAGAGGUUCAGAUGUAAAAGAAGAUAGAGAGAAGCGUGAAAGUGGCUACUACUCACUUGGGAGGGCAGCUGGUGCCCGUUUUAAUGAAAAAAGCCAACCUACUCCUUUUCGCCAUUUUGAAAGAGGUCAUCCAAUCUUUAGUCACAGAAACAUUGAGCCAAAGGAUACUAUCCCCUUCCGAAAUCCCAAUCUUGGAGUUGCCUCCGAAAGGCCAAUACCAGACGUGUUCAGUGAGGACCUUACAGCAGAUAUCCCCCCACCAGACCCUUAUGAGGUUGCGGUUGAGGUCGAAGCCCAAGUAGGGCCUCGAUCCCCCAGUCCUACUCCUUUUAAAAUAGCGGAGUCGCUGGCCUCAACUGGCCGAAAAGGUUUAAGAGGUGGAUAUAAUUCCUCAAGGCAAGGCUCAGCUCUGCAUUCUCGCUCUUCAUCCCCAUCACGGGAAAACUUGCAGUUAAGACACCGUGAGCCUAGCAGCAUUCUUAACAGGACAAACUUUGAUGGUGGAGGUUGGUCUCAAAGACAAAUGGACAGAUCAAGCCUCUCCAUACAAGGUUCUCAAGGUCGACGUUUGGAGUCAGGAACUCUGCCAAAAAACUUCAAAUCCUUUCCUUCUAUGUCCCAGUCCAGUACAGUUUCUGAUUUUAGGAAUGCCUUAAGGAAAACGGAAGCAGAUUGUUCUUUAAAGGGCACAGAUUAUGUGAAAAGGAGCUCAUCUCCUUCAAGGAGAGAAUAUACAUCGUCAUUCAAGAUGUCUCCCAAUACUGAAGUCAACACUAGUUGGACACAUCGUAUUUCCUCCCCAUCCAGAACGUAUGAUCAUAUGCAGGAGAUUCGUACUUCCUCUUCCCCUAGGAGAAAUCUGAACACCUCAAGCCAUUCCUUAGGUAGAUCUGAAUCCAACAUAUCCCUAAAUGAACGAAGUCACCAUCAACGUAGUGGUUCUCCGGUAUCUUCUAGGCCACCCAGGAGUAAAUUUAACUCGUCGAGCCAUUCCCUCCGUAAAUCUGAAUCCAUCACAUCCCUAAACGAGCGAAGUAACCAUCAACGUAGUGGUUCUCCGGUAUCUUCUAGGCCACCCGGGAGUAAUUUUAACUCGUCGAACCAUUCCCUCCGUAAAUCUGAAUCCAUCACAUCUCUAAAUGAGCGAAGUACCCAUCGACGUAGUGGUUCUCCGGUAUCUUCCACAUUGCCAAGCAGAAAUUUGAAUUCAUCGCGCCAUUCCCUGCGUAAAUCUGAAUCCACUACUUCCCUCAAUGAGCAUAGUCACCAUCAACAUAGUGGUUCCCCAGUAUCUUCUAGGCCACCAAGGACUACUUUUAACUCAUCAAGCCAUUCCCUACGUCAAUCUGAAUCCAUCACAUCCCUAAACGAGCGAAGUAACCAUCAACGUAGUGGUUCUCCGGUAUCUUCUAAGCCACCCAGGAGUAAUUUUAACUCGUCGAGCCAUUCCUUACAUCAAUCUGAAUCCAUGAUAUCCCUAAACGAGCGAAGUAACCAUCAACGUAGUGGUUCUCCAGUAUCAUUCAUGCAACCAAAAGGAAAUUUAAGGUCAACAAGCCCCUCUUUCCAUCAUAAAUCAGCCAAAUCAAUUACAUCUCUAAAUGAGCGCAGUCAUCAUAGGCGCUGUGGCUCCCCUGUAAGAGAGGGUUAUGGGAUAGAACGCCAGGCCCAGCUGCGUAACCUAGCAACUAGAAACGGACUGAUGGAUCAGGAACGUGAAGUCACUGUUUCUUCAUCUAGCCAUGAUUCUGAUAGACCAAGACAAUCCAUACUUAAAAAGACUGAGUCAAGCACUGUAAGUGGCAGUCGAUCCUGGGGCAGCCGCUCUUCCUCUCCUUCAAAAAGAGGUCAGGAAACUUUUACCCAAGGAAGACAUAACAGUGGUGGAUCAGUAAAUGGCCAUGUUCAUGAAAAGCGAAAAUCUUCAGUUUCAGGGAAAAACUUUGAUUCUACUUUUAAAUCUCAACAACAGAAGACAGAGACUGCUAGCUCCAUUAGAAGCCAUGAUAAUGAGAGUUCAUUGGCUUUGAGGGGAACCCAUUAUGCUUCUGACUAUCACUCAUCUGGAAAUAUGCGAACUGGAAGCUCAUUUAACAGCAAGUACCUACACACUAGCCGCACUCCCUCUCCUUCCAGAAAAGGUAAUAAUGACCCCCCAGGCUACUCCGUCCUUAGAAGUGCCACCAAAGGAGAUGCAAAUGGUUCUUUUGAGACAAAAAACACCAGUGGUAAAUCAAAAUAUGACUCACAUUCCUCAUCACUCUCACAGCGAGGAUCCACACAUUCCCGCCACGGCUCCUCUUUAUCUAGUGCUACUUCGCCAUCCAGAAAAUCUUUAAAUAACAACAAAGAUGCCCAUGUUACUUUAGAAACAUCCAGAUCCUCUAGCAUCAUGAGAUCUAGGAUUGGUACUUAUGGCCACGAUGAUCAACCUCUACAUGAAAAGAGGUCUUCUCAUUAUGCAAGGAGCCCCUCUCCAUCACAGCAGAUUCAAAUGCACUCAUCAUCGCAAAGCUCCAUGGAGUCCACUGAGUCGGGCCAGGUCUCUGUUGGAUCGACAGGACGGAACAGGGAGGAGUACGCUGCGAUGGCCGACCUGCCAAAAGUCAAAAUAAUCCAUCAGAGGGAAGGGCCGAGCCACGUGGGAAGGCCGCAGAGUCACCAGCCUGUUCGAAGACAGGAACUUUUUAAACCAGCCAGUCACUCCUUGAGCAGACAUCCCUCCAUAGAAUGGGAUGGUCCUGUAGACGCAGAGAGAGAUUGGCAUUAUGGGGGUGGUGGAUAUCUAUCUCGAGCUCACUCCACUACGUCACUGCAGAGAUCAGGCAGUCCCACAGCAGAUGAGGGCUGUUCGUGGAAAAGUAAUCAUCACAGAUCAGAAGAAAUGCAGCCUGACCUCUUGAACUUCAAAAAGGGAUGGAUGUCAAAGCUGGACGACUGUGGAGAGUGGAAAAAACACUGGUUUGUUUUGACUGAUGCUGGACUGAAAUAUUACAGAGACUCCAAUGCAGAAGAGAAAGAUGACCUGGAUGGAGAGAUUGAUCUGAAAUCUUGCAUGAAGGUGUCAGAGUUCGAUGUGGAGAAGAACUAUGGCUUUCAGAUACAGACACGGGAGGCUGUUUUCACGCUAUCUGCCAUGACAGCUGGGAUCAGGCGAAACUGGAUAGAGGUUUUAAAGAAGAGUAUCCGUCCCAGCAGCUCUCCUGACCUCACACAAUUACCUGACAACAACAGCGACAAAGAAAACUCCCAUAAACGGUUCUUGUCGUCUUCCCGUCGCCCAUCAUCACGCCAUGUCGACUCCCACUCAGAGGCUCCAAGCUCGGCCCAUCAAGCUGAACGAAAAAUCGACUAUGUAGAACUCUCUCCUGUUCCCGCCUCUUCUGGCCUUCUUCCAACCAGUCAGAGAGAAGCAGGGGAGGGCCAGGGGCGAGAGCACAGCCAAUGGCAGGAGGAGAAGAGCAUGAGCAGCCAGUGGGAAGCCGUUCUGUCCCGGAAGGGAACGGGUGUGGGAUCGAACCAGAGGCUACACCUGGAGGAUGAAAUCGAGAAAAGGUGGUCCGAGUUUGAACGAAUGCCUUUAAGGGACAUGAGCUCCUUAUCAUCGAUGGGAUCGAGGACCUCUAGCCCGUUGGCCAACGAGGCGCUGCAGAGGGAGGUGGCGUCACUGAGGCAACAGCUGGACCAACUGCAACAGGGGGGAGGAGGGGGGUGGGGGAAAAGCAUGCGUGUCAACUGCGGCCCUGAGGCACCCUGCAGCCGCAGCCUGGCAGCCAUGGAGCGCGCUCAUAGACAUGCCCUGGAGGAGCUGCAGAGGCAGCAUGACCGCCAGAUGAGGGAACUGGAGAAGGAGAAGGAGCGACUGCUGAUGGAGGAGACCAGGGACACGGCAAGGGUGAUGGAAGCUUUGAAGAAGAAACACAAACAAGAGCUGGAGAGAGAGGUGGAGAAGGUCAAGAGGCUGAGCAGCGGGUUAGACCCUCGGACUCUGCAAUCCCAACAACAGGCUGAAACUCAAGCCUUGCAGAAAGAGCUGGCUGGCCUCUCUGAGCACUAUUCUCAGAAGUGUCUGGAGCUCAACAGAGCUGAGCAGAGAAACGCUGAGAGAGAACAGGAAGUGGGUCAAAAAGAGAGAGACAUGGAGCAGCUGAGGAAAGAGAACCUGGAGUUAAAGGCCCGUUUGACGGACGAAAUGAGCCGAACACGAUCCAGCCUCACAGAUAAAAGCUCAGAGGACAACAAAGAAAAGUCCUGCGAACUAGAGGUUCUUCUCAGAAUGAAAAAUAACGAGAUAGAGUAUCUGCACAAGGAGAUCAGCUGCCUUAGGAAUGAGCUGCAAUUUCUAACCAGGGAAAAGCAGCUGGCCUGUGAGCGGUACGCAGAGGUGCACGGAGAGCUGAGCGGGAUGAAAGGCCGUACGGAGCGGGAGAUUCAGAGUCUAAAGGAGCACUUAAGGCUAGCAAUGGCCGCUCUGCAAGAGGGACAAAAGCUAGGGAACAGCCUGGACCACUGACGAGCCGCUGCGGCACGGCUUGGAGCACAACCAGAAUUCAAGCAGAGGAUAAUUCUGAGUCUCUUUAGAGAUUUUGGAAAAAAACAGGUGUCAUUUAAAAUAUUUCAGGCUUUUCUUUGUUCCCAGAGCUUUGCUCUCCAGGCUGCUGGCGACUGGACUGUACAGGAACUUUCCAGCUUUGUCUGAACUGUAACGUGUCUUUCAACCAAAUUCCCAAGAAUUGGUCGGUUUCAUUACACUGGGCCUCAUGUUGUAUGAUCAUGUGCACAUUUCACUUUCUGUUUCGCUUUUGAAAGUUCAAGCUUGUAGCGACUCGCAUUUGGUCUUAAAACUGGAAUAUCCACUUUUUUUUUUUUUUUUUUACUGGCCCCUGCCAGUAGUUUAUUGACUAAGCUUUAUCUUUAGAUACAUUCUGUUAUGUUUGUCUCAUUGCUCAGCUUUUUCUGUUGGCUUUAUCAAAAUGGCACACUUUCUUCAGAAAUGGGAGCUUUGUAUUUGUUUUUUUAUUCCAUCUGCAAUUAUUAUUAUUAUUUUUUUUUUUUAUCAUGGAAAAUUCAUUGGGAUUCUGACAUGACUAAGCUGCAUGAGUUGUACUUCCUCGCAGACUUGAUGGGUGAUUUGGAUCUGAUUGUUAAACAGAUUCAGGCCUUUCUGGUUUUCCAUUGACUGUAAACGCUGUUGUAUGAUUGUUUCCCUUCAUAAGGUCCAUGUAUUGUUAAGCCACUGAGGAAAAUCCCUCAGGCUUCUUGAUUUCAAGGAUCAUUUAUGGGCAUAUUCUGCUAUGUGCCACCAUCACAACAAAGGGCAGGUGUUGCAUUAAUGAGCCAUUUUAAAAAUAUAUAUUUUUCUUAUUGAAAAGAGCGAUUGUGAAAAAGAGUAACUACCUACUUUUUGGAAGCAUUUUCAUAUUUAAAGCCUCUAGAGUCUGUAAAUUAUGCUCAUUUUUGCGAUCAAUAAAGCUACUUCAUUACAAAA